GGCCAUGUGAGUGCCCGUCCUGUCCCUGUCUUGCGCAGCAAGGCUAUAGCCAGGGCCCCGGCCUGCUCUCCCACCCAGGGUGCCUUCUGCAGCCUCCAGGGACAACUGUGCCAGCCCAUGAGGCUCCCAGUCCCCACUGAGUGCCGCCCUGAAGGAUGUCCCAGCUCUCCUCCACCCUGAAGCGCUACACAGAAUCGGCCCGCUACACAGAUGCCCCUUACUCCAAAUCAGGCUAUGGCACCUACACUCCCUCUUCCUACGGGGCCAACCUGGCUGCCUCCUUCCUGGAGAAGGAGAAGCUUGGUUUCAAGCCAGGCCCCCCAACCAGCUUCUUCACCCGUCCCCGUACUUACGGCCCCUCCUGCAUCCUGGACUAUGACCGAGGCCGCCCCUUGCUGAGACCCGACAUCAUCGGGGGUGGUAAGCGGGCGGAGAGCCAGGCUCGGAUCGCCGAGCGGCCCUCAGGAAGUGGACUCAGCGGGGGCAGUGGUUUCCCUUAUGGAAUGACCACCAGCUCCCUCAGCUACCUGCCCGUGAAUGCCCGCGACCAGGGGGUAACCCUGACCCAGAAGAAGUCGAACAGUCAAUCCGACCUGGCCCGGGAUUUCUCCAGCCUUCGGACCUCAGAUAGCUACCGGAUAGACCCCGGGAACCUGGGCCGCAGCCCCAUGCUGGCCCGCACGCGCAAGGAGCUGUGUGCCCUGCAAGGGCUCUACCAGGCAGCCAGCCGCUCCGAGUACCUGGCCGAUUACCUGGAGAACUAUGGUCGCAAGGGCAGUGCACCCCAGGUGCCCAGCCAGGCCCCUCCCUCACGAGUCCCUGAAGUCCUCAGCCCCACCUACCGACCCAGUGGCCGUUAUACUCUGUGGGAGAAGGGCAAGGGCCAGGCCCCUAUGUCCAGCCGCUCCAGCUCCCCAGGGCGAGACACGAUGAAUUCUAAGAGCGCCCAGGGUCUGGCUGGUCUCCGAAACCUUGGGAACACGUGCUUCAUGAACUCCAUCCUGCAGUGCCUGAGCAACACCCGGGAGCUGCGAGAUUACUGCCUCCAGAGGCUGUACGUGCGGGAGCUGAGCCACAGCAGCAGCGCGCACACGGCCCUCAUGGAAGAAUUUGCAAAACUAAUCCAGACCAUAUGGACCUCAUCCCCCAAUGAUGUGGUGAGCCCCUCUGAGUUCAAGACCCAGAUCCAGAGAUACGCCCCGCGCUUCGUCGGCUACAAUCAGCAGGAUGCCCAGGAGUUUCUUCGCUUCCUUCUGGACGGGCUCCACAAUGAGGUGAACCGGGUCACAGCGAGGCCCAAGUCCAACCCCGAGAACCUGGACCAUCUUCCUGAUGAUGAGAAAGGGCGCCAGAUGUGGAGGAAAUAUCUAGAACGGGAAGACAGUCGGAUCGGGGAUCUCUUUGUGGGGCAGCUGAAGAGCUCCCUGACGUGUACUGAUUGUGGUUACUGUUCUACUGUCUUUGAUCCCUUCUGGGACCUCUCACUGCCCAUUGCUAAGCGAGGUUAUCCCGAGGUGACUUUAAUGGAUUGCAUGAGGCUCUUCACCAAAGAGGAUGUGCUUGAUGGCGAUGAAAAGCCAACGUGCUGUCGCUGCCGAGCCAGAAAACGGUGUAUAAAGAAGUUCUCCAUCCAGAGGUUCCCAAAGAUCUUGGUGCUCCAUCUGAAGCGGUUCUCAGAAUCCAGGAUACGAACCAGCAAGCUCACAACAUUUGUGAAUUUUCCACUAAGAGACCUGGACUUGAGAGAAUUUGCCUCAGAAAACACCAACCACGCUGUUUACAACCUGUACGCUGUGUCCAAUCACUCCGGCACCACCCUGGGCGGCCAUUACACAGCCUACUGCCGGAGUCCGGUGACAGGCGAAUGGCACACCUUCAACGACUCCAGCGUCUCCCCCAUGUCCCCCAGCCAAGUGCGCACCAGCGACGCCUAUCUGCUCUUCUACGAGUUGGCCAGUCCGCCCUCCCGCAUGUAGCAGCGAGGAGUACAGCCCGUCCUCCCUCCCCUGUGGUGGCCCCACAUCCAAAGUUCUUUUAAAAAGACAAACAACAAAAACACCUGACACGUAAGAGGAAGAUACAGUGAAGCUGCCGGGCAGGAGCUGCUGCAGCCUGGACGGGGUCUGGGGGGGAGCCCGGUGCUCCCAAGCCCGCCCGGCAGGGAAGACGGGACACUGGGGGCAGCCAGCACAGCGCCCCUCGGCUUCUCUUGUUUGCAUUUGUAAGCUUGUGGUUUUUCUCCUGUGUGUGAUAAACAACGGUCGGCGGGGAGAAGAUGCUCGUCCAAGCCGCCGGCUCCAGCCCCCACGCUUCCCGAGAAGACAGCGCCCUCUGGAGCCUGCUGGGAGGAUCGCUGCCUGGAAGUGCCGCCCGUCUUCCCCUGGACCCUGCUCACCCUCUAUGGUCCAGGAGCAAGAGAAGCAUCCAUGAGCUGAGAGCCCUCUUAACGCUGCUAACUCCAGGGGCACACGUGAGGGACAUCUUUGAAACAAGCUGUUUUUGGUUUUUAAAAGCCCAACUUUUUUUUUUAAUUAUCAUAACUAAAGUUUUCAGACUGGAGAUGCUCUCCUUCACACCUCUUAACAGCUGGGACAUUGUGCUGGUCAUUUUUCUUUUUUUUUUUUUUAAUUCUUCAAAUAUGACUUAUCUAGUGCUAGCCCCCAGUGGUGCUAGGUGGGAGUUGGCCAGGCCCCAAGCACAGCCACAGUAGGCCUGGGAUCUGAUAAGUUUUUUGGUUUUUUAAUGUUUUGGAUGGAAUCUAGUUGCCUCCAAGAAUUGUGCCUUAUAGCAUUUGGGGACCAGGGGGUAACUGCCCCUCCCUGAAAUAUCCCUCUGCCUCUGCCCUUUUCCCCAGUGCCAUGUUCAGAGCCGCUGGCGGAGCUCGGGGUGGUACCCGCGGUCCCUGGCUUGCUUCGCAUCACAGUGAGGUGAAGAGGAGAGUAGGUGAGAGGAGAUGUCUUCAGGUAGUGCGUCAAGUUCUUCCCUCCCGCUUCCUCUAAGCCACCCCUGGUCUACUCCCCAGCUGUUGGAAGGAUAGCACAAGCCCCUGACUCUAGAGCUGCUCUUACCUUUAAUUUAUUCCCCCAUAACAUGCUCUUUCUCCCCAACUGCCCUGCCCCAAGCCUCCUUCUCAGAGCCUCCUGACACAGGCCCUUUGGACCGAGUUUCUCAGGGAUGCCCAUGCCGCCCCCAGCUCCUCUUGGCAUCAGUCUGCAGUCCAGCCUGGAAGCUAGAACCUGGGUGUUUUGGGACAUCUUGCCUCAGUUCUAGGAUUCUUUCCCACGGGCUUGAUUUUGCCCUAAGUAGUUGGGCAAAAACUGCUGUCCCAGAGAAAAGCUGUUUAGCAACAGGGCGUGGAGCUCUCUGCACAUCCACAGAGCUGGGCCGGGCUUGUGCCCCUCAGAGCCUAGAGCUUUCCAGUGCUCCCAGGAGGCAUCAAAAAAAGACACCCUGAGUUUAACUGGCCUGACAGCCUUUUCCAGGGGAGACCUGUGAACCUGAGCCAAAGGGCUGGUGUGUACACUUGUUUACUGUGUAAGCAAGAGUAGAAGAAUGUGUGAUGUACAGUGGAAUCUUGUACAGAAUAAAUAAUAGCUUUGAGAAACAAA